AUGGAGAUCAUCGACGCGGAGCUGCGUCUUGGUCCGCCCGGGAGCAACAGCGACGUCACCGUCGUGCAGCCGGCGAGGAAGCCGGCGUCGUCGGUGGCGGCGAAACGGCCGUCGUCGUCGGUGGUGAAGAGCGAGGCGUCCGGGACGGACGACCAUGACGACGCCGCACCGGCCUCCAAGGUGCAGGUGGUGGGGUGGCCGCCGGUGAAAGCGUACCGGAAGAACGCGUUCCACGCGGCGGCGGAGGCGAGGAGGACCAGCAAGGGCGAGCAGGGAGGCCUGUACGUGAAGGUGAGCAUGGACGGGGCGCCCUACCUCCGGAAGGUGGACCUGCGGACCUACGGCGGCUACCGGGAGCUGAGAGAUGCGCUGGACGCGCUCUUCGGCUGCUUCUCCUCCUCCGCCGCCGACGGCGGCUGCCAGUUCGCCAUCGCCUACGAGGACAAGGACGGCGACCUCAUGCUCGCCGGCGACGUGCCCUGGGAGAUGUUCAUCUGUUCUUGCAAGAAGCUGAGGAUCAUGAGGGGGUCCGAAGCAAGAUAA